GCAUGCGCUGUAUUGCAUAGAGACGUGAAGCGGUAGCUAGCUGUCGAUGUCGUAUCCAAAGUUCCAAACAGAAAAAUAAAGAUAAAAUUGUUGAGUCGUCUUUGUAUAUAUCUCACCAUGAUGAAAGGACGUAAUAAGAACGCUGGACAUCGUCUUAAAGACUGCCAUUUCAGCAAAGAGGAGCAGGAGUCCCUUGUUAAAAUGUUCAAAGAGCUCACCAAAGAUAACACUGGCUCUAUCAGAGAAGACAAACUAGAUAGAUCACAGUUCAGGGAAGUGCUUCAUUCAAUUUUCAAGAUGACAGAUGAUGUCAUAAUGGACAGAGUCCUGAGAGCAUUCGUUAAGGACCACGAGGCCUGCAUUAACCUGUACGAAUGGUUGACAGGUCUAUCUGUCUUUCUGAAAGGCAGUCUUGAAGAGAAAAUUCAAUUUUGCUUCAAGGUGUAUGAUCUGAACAGUGAUGGCUUCAUUUCAAGAGAGGAAAUGUUUCAUCUUCUGAAGACAUCGAUGGUGAAGCAACCCACCGAGGAAGACCCAGAGGAAGGUAUCAAGGACUUGGUAGAGAUCAUCAUCAAGAAAAUGGAUCUUGACCAUGAUGGAAAGCUGUCCUUCAAGGAUUUCUCUGACUCUGUCAAUGUUGAGCCGCUACUGUUAGAGUGUUUCGGGACAUGCUUACCGGAGCAGAAGACUUGUAACCAUUUCUUGGGGGAAUGCAAGAGACGGAUGAUGGAGGAUCUUCUAUUCCCAGAGUAAUUGACUCGUUCAUGGUAAUGUUUGCGGUACCAACACCCUAGCCGGAUCCAUCCAAUCCAAGAUCAUCAUAUUCAUCCCUUAAUAAAAUAGUUCCUUACAUGGGCACUAUCUUAAAGAAAUAUAUUUGUUAUAUGUACUGAGUGUGGGUUGAAAGAAAGGAUAAGUGCACUUCUAAUCAUAUACAUUUCAUGAGAAAUAAUAUUUAUUUAUUGGACAUGUGGAGAGCAGUUUUGUAACUCACAUUGCUACCCAGUAAAAAUAAAACUAGAAAUAAAUAAAUAAAUAAUUGAAUAAGUAAAUAUAAAAGCACUAAUUGUAAACAUUAGAACCAUGGUAUUCAUUAAGGAUACCAAUGGAUGUUAUAAUGGUCAGAAAAAUAUAAUUUUUAAUAUAUGAUGUGAAUUUUUCUUAGAGCUACAAGUAUUUUGGUAAUUUUUCCAAUAACCUACCACAAUUACCAAAAAUACUAUCCAACAAGAUGGUCCAAUUUUCAUGGAAUUUUUACAUUCCUGAUCACCUCAAGUAUAUAUAUAUAUAUAUAUAUAUAUAUAUAUAUAUAUAUAUUUAUAUAUACAUAUAAGCUGUCUGAUACUUCUUUUGGAGGUACUUGUUGUUCACAAAGUCUUAAUGUAAGGUUCAUUUACACUACAUUAAACUUUGGAGAUUAGCCUUUACUUUCUUUAAAAUGAGGUACAAAACGAUCUUGUCAAUUCAUUUGUUCUUCCCUUCCUAGCUCUUUUAAUUUUUACCAACACUGUUGUCAGAGGUUGGAAUAAUGUCAACUAUUGUGGUACACCUAUGGCUUUAUAGUUUCAGAAAAAUCUGACUUUACAUGCCUGUAUAUGGCACACAUCAUUAAUUACCGGUAUAUGGAGGUUUAUGCUUGUAAAUAUAAACUGUACAAAAUUUUCAACGUCCAGUGCGUAUCAAAAAAACAUACAUAACCAGCUUGUUAGCUUAUGAUUAACAAGUCAUAAUCAAUGUGACCUUGCAUUAUUUCAUGGUAAAGAGGAACUUGUUUUCUUUUUAAUGAUACAAGUCGUCACCUGGCUGGCAGAAGGGCGUUAGCUCGAAUUUCAGGUGAAAAAUGAAGCGCUAAGCAAAAGGGCGUUAACACUAAAUUGCUUCAAACUUUUAUAAAACUGACUCAUUUCCG